CUGCUGCAGGUGGAGUUGGAUCUGGAUCCUCAGGUCUUGAUAGGAAGAUGUCUGCUUCAAUCCCACGCACCCCUGCAAUCUUACGUCUGCGGCGCUGGCGUUGCUCUCUGUGGAUCCUUCUCACCAUGCUGGUGGUCGGUGUGACCAUCCAGACUUUUCACAUCCAGCCCAAAAGAGCACCUGUGACGCCUCCUGUCCUCAACGGAAUUGCUUUCCCUGCCCUGGAAAACUUCUGGGAAAAUGACAACUCAGAGUCUCAGAGAAAUAAAUUCCCUGGCGCACCUCAUGGUCAGAAUGAAAGUCCUCUUCUCUUGUUGGUCAAGCCAGUUAUGAAAACUCCACCAAAGGAAGACCUGAAAGAGACUCGCCGUUGGAAUGAGGGAACUCCCCCGUUGGUCCAGUGGAAUGAGGGAGCUGGAAAGCUGUCCAGUGGUGGGAAUCAAAACUUCAAGAAAACUUGCCAACCGAAAUCUCACAUAGUUUUUCUGAAGACUCACAAAACAGCGAGCAGCACGAUCCAAAACAUCCUGUACCGGUAUGGUGAAAACAGAGGCCUGACCUUCGCCUUGCCCCGAAACAAGCACAACCAGCUGUCUUACCCCAGAUAUUUUGACACGCGUUUUGUGAAUGGCGUCGAAAGCAAAUUGUCAAUGCCUUUUGACAUUCUGUGCAACCACAUGAGGUUCAAAAACCCCGAGGUGAAAAAACUGAUGCCCCAAGAUUCGUUCUACUUUUCUAUUGUGAGAAAUCCUGUGGCGAUGAUGGAGUCCAUGUAUAUCUACUAUAAGUACCUUGGAGUCUUCAGGAGGACCAAAUCCCUGGAGGACUUUCUAGACAAUGGGCUUAAUAUCCUAUCGUUGUUGCACAACUAUGCUCACAACAACCUUGCAUUUGACUUUGGCUUUGACAACAUUGCCACAGCUGACACACCAGACCUGGAGACGAUAGUUAAUGAAGUGAUCACUGGCAUAGAACAGGACUUCCACCUUAUUCUUAUCACUGAAUACUUUGACGAGUCCAUGAUCUUGCUGAAGCACAGUCUCUGCUGGUCCCUAGAGGAUGUUGUUUCCUUCAAGCUCAACAGUCGCCAUGACCAAAGUCGUAAGUCUAUUUCACAGAUAACUGCUGAGAAAAUCAAGAGGUGGAAUGUUUUAGACUGGAGGAUUUAUGAACACUUUAACGCCACCUUCUGGCACAAAGUGAGGAGUCUGGUUGGGGAAGAGGAGAUGAAGCGGGAAGUGUCUCAGCUGAAGGAGCUACAAGCCAAGUUAACAAGCAUCUGUCUGGAAGGUGGAGAGGCUGUCAACCCAAGACUGAUAAGAGACGAGGCAGUGAUGCCUUUCCAGUCGGGAACGGCAGUCAUUCAGGGCUAUAACCUCAACCGAAACCUAGACAUACAGACCAAAACAAAGUGUCAGAGACUGAUAAUGCCAGAAUUGCAGUUCACAAAGCUGUUGUAUGAAAAACAGUUCCCAGAAACUGGUUUGAAAGUAGAGCGCAAAAGGUGGAGAAAGAACUGAAGACUGACUUCGUCAAGUCUCAUGAUGGAUAUCAUAUUAAAGAUCUAUCACUGUGAGACCUCAGAUUAUCACAAAACUUUGCUAAACCCCGAAAAUUCUACCUAAUCCCCAAACAACAAGUCGAAGACAGACUAUGAGACAGAAUCUCUUUCACCAUCCAGACAUGCAGUUGUGCAAUUUCAUAACGCUGUUGCUGGUUUUCUGUUUGUCCCUGUGUACGUGUUUGGUAUUCCCUCAUUUUACCUGAUGUCAUGAUUUACUUGUUUUGGUUUCAGUCCAUGUCUUGUUUCUCGCUCUCUCCGUUUCUUUUACUCCACCUCUGUGCUCCCUCUUCUUCCCUGACGACCUUUCAUUAGCUGAGCCUCCCUCCAUAGGACUGUCAGUUCAUUUGUCCUGAUUGAGAUGUGCUUGAUCUGUGUCUCUUAUGUUUCUUUUCACCUCUUUU